AUGUUGGGAAUCAGAUCAUCAUUCAGACAAGCUUCUAUAAUCAAUAGAUAUGGAUCAUUGAUAAGAUUUAAUAGUUCUUUACCUUCCAAAUCUUCCUCAAAUUCAUCCCCUAAUGAAUCAUCAUCAACAACAACAGAACCAGAAGAUUAUACUAAAACUAGAUCAAUUGAUGAAAUCAGAUCAGCAGAUUUCACUCCAGAACAUUAUCCAGAUGUCAAAAGAGAAUUAUAUCAACAUAGAGACCCAUAUGAAAAUUGGGAUGAUGUUCAAAAUAGAAGAAAUUUUAAUGAACCAUUACAUCCAGAAUUUGAAGCUUUAUCAAUGUGGUCACCAGAUUAUUAUAGUCAUGUUUCGGAUUGGACUGCUGUUAAAUGGAAUUUAAUGUAUUUUAGUUGUUUUGGGAUAUUAAGUGGGAUUAUUUAUUAUUUGUUUCCUCCUGAAAGAAUUAGUGUACCAAGAAAUUAUCCUCAUAAUGGAUUAGCUAAAGCUUUUGGUGCAAGAGAUGAAGAUGAAGCUGUUUUAUAUGGUGCGAGAGUUGAUAAAUCUGCUUCAUGA